AUGGACCACGCGUCAGGGGUGAGAGAAUGGCCGGGCGCGGCGCGGUGCGGUGCGGCAUGGCGGGAGAAUGGCCGGGUGCGGUGCAGCGCGGUGGGAAAAAGGCCGGGCGCGGCGCGGUGCGGUGCGGCAUGGCGGGAGAAUGGCCGGGUGCGGUUUUGUUUUUCCCUAUCCUGUCAAUUUAUUAUUCUUUUGAAGAUUCUUCAUUGCCAAGCCGCCAAAGUGGAGAGUGCGAUUGCAGAAGGGGGUGCUUCUCGUUUCAGUGCUUCUUCGGGCGGAGGAGGAGGUAGGGGUGCGCUUCAGCACUAUCCCAAGACUGCCGGCAACAGCGAGUUCCUGGGGAAAACCCCAGGGCAAAACGCUCAGAAAUGGAUUCCUUCACGAAGCACUAGACGAGAUGACGACUCCGCAAAUGACAAAGAACGACAUGAUGCAAUCUUCAGGAAAGUAAGAGGCAUACUAAAUAAGCUUACUCCUGAAAAGUUUGACAAGCUAUGCCUUGAGCUCCUCAAUGUGGGUGUAGAGUCUAAGCUCAUUCUAAAGGGGAUCAUACUGCUGAUCGUAGACAAAGCCCUUGAAGAGCCAAAGUAUAGCUCGCUAUAUGCUCAACUAUGUCUGCGACUGGCAGAAGAUGCACCCAACUUUGAUGGCCCAUCCACAGAGAGUCAUCCAGGACAGAAGCAAAGCACAACAUUCAGACGCCUCUUAAUUUCUAAACUUCAAGAUGAAUUUGAAAACCGAACCAGAAAUGUUGAUAUCUAUGAUAAGCAAGAUGGCCCCCUCCUCCCAGAGGAGGAGGAACAGAGAGCCAUUGCUAAGAUCAAGAUGCUGGGAAACAUCAAAUUCAUUGGAGAACUUGGCAAGCUUGAUCUUAUUCAUGAAUCUAUCCUUCAUAAGUGCAUCAAAACACUUUUGGAAAAGAAGAAGAGAGUCCAACUCAAGGAUAUGGGGGAGGAUUUGGAGUGCCUCUGUCAGAUAAUGAGGACAGUAGGACCUAGACUAGACCAUGCAAAAGCCAAGUCCUUAAUGGAUCAGUACUUUGCCCGUAUGCGCUCCUUGAUGAUGAGUAAGGAAUUGCCGGCAAGGAUUCGUUUCCUGCUGCAGGAUACUGUGGAGUUGAGAGAACACAAUUGGGUUCCUCGCAAAGCUUUUCUUGACAAUGGACCAAAGACUAUCAAUCAAAUCCGUCAAGAUGCUGUGAAAGAUCUGGGAGUUUUUAUUCCUCCUCCUUUGUCUCAAGGAAUGAGAAGUGACUUCUUUCUGGAGGGACCGUUUAUGCCACCCAGGAUGAAACUUGACAGGGAUCCACUUGGAGGGCUUGCUGAUAUGUUUGGACAAAUGCCUGGUAGCGGAAUUGGUACUGGUCCAGGAGUUAUUCAAGAUAGAUUUUCACCUACCAUGGGGCGACAUCGGUCAAAUCAACUUUUCAAUGGCCAUGGGGGUCACCUCAUGGCUCCUGUUCAAUCCCACUUUGGAGAGCUAGGCAAAUCCUUCUUGAAAAAUCCAGGGCAAAGCCAACUAUACCAUAAUCAAAAUCAGGGACUUCUGUCUCAACAAGGACAGUCCAAGGAUAUGCCUCCACGUUUUUCUAAGAAGGGACAGCUUAAUGCAGAUGAGAUUAGCCUGAGGCCUGCUCAGUGUUUUGUAGUAAACAAAAACCAAGUGCCAAAGCUUCAGCCCCAGAUAACUAUGAUUCCUCCCAGUGCACAGCCACAACGUACUCAGACACCACCUCUGGGACAGCCACCUCAACUUGGUCUCAAAACAAAUCCGCCACUUAUUCAGGAGAAGCCUGCAAAGACAAGUAAAAAGCCACCACCUUCUAAGGAAGAGUUGCUCAAGUUAACAGAAACUGUUGUGACUGAAUAUUUGAACAAUGGAAAUGCCAAUGAUGCUGUCAACAGUGUGAGAGAAAUGAGGGCACCAAAACAUUUUCUUUCUGAGAUGCUAAGCAAAAUAAUACUUCAGUCACUUGAUCGAUCAGAUGAAGAUAAAGAAAAAGCAAGUGCAUUGAUCAAUUUACUUAAACAGGAAGGGAUAGCUACUAGUGACAACUUCAUGCAGGCAUUCCUAAAUGUAUUGGACCAGUGCCCUAAACUAGAGGUGGACAUCCCUCUGGUAAAAUCCUAUCUAGCACAGUUUGCAGCUCGUGCCAUAAUUUCAGAACUAGUGAGCAUCUCUGAACUAGCACAACCAUUGGAAAGUGGCACCCAUUUUCCCCUCUUCCUACUUUGCCUUCAGCAGUUAGCCAAGCUACAGGAUCGUGAAUGGCUAACAGAACUUUUCCAGCAGAGCAAAGUGAACAUGCAAAAAAUGCUGCCAGAGAUUGACCAGAAUAAGGAUCGUAUGCUGGAGAUAUUGGAAGGGAAAGGACUUAGCUUCUUGUUUCCACUUCUGAAGCUGGAAAAGGAGCUACUGAAGCAAAUAAAGUUGGACCCAUCCCCUCAAGCAAUCUAUAAAUGGAUUAAAGACAACAUUUCACCAAAACUACAUGUAGAUAAGGGAUUUGUUAAUAUUUUGAUGACCAGUUUCUUGCAGUAUAUUUCUAGUGAAGUAAACCCACCUAAUGAUGAACCAGAUUCUUCAUCUGCUCCUUCUAAAGAACAGUUGGAGCAAGAAAAACAGCUGCUUCUUUCCUUUAAGCCAGUUAUGCAGAAAUUCCUUCAUGACCAUGUUGAUCUACAAGUGAGUGCCCUAUAUGCACUCCAAGUGCACUGCUACAACAACAAUUUUCCAAAAGGCAUGUUACUGCGCUUCUUUGUGCAUUUCUAUGAUAUGGAAAUCAUUGAAGAAGAAGCUUUUCUGGCAUGGAAAGAAGAUAUUACUCAAGAGUUUCCAGGGAAAGGCAAAGCUUUGUUCCAGGUAAACCAGUGGUUGACCUGGCUGGAAACAGCAGAGGAAGAAGAAUCUGAAGAAGAUGCUGACUAAACCAGCCAAAGCCUUAAAUUGUGCAAACAUACUGUUGCUAUGAUGUAACUGCAUUUGACCUAACCACUGCGAAAACUCAUUCCGCUGUAAUGUUUUCACGAUAUUUAAAGCAGUAGCGGGUCAGUAGGACUUGCUUCUGCAUAAGGGUUUUUGUAGUAUGUCUUAAUCAUAGUCUACCAUAAAAAUAUUUUAGAGUAUCUUUAAUGUUUAGAUAACAGUGUAUUAGCAGCAUGCAAUAAUUACAUCAUAAGUUCAGAAGCAGUCUGUGUAAGGAUCUUCUUUGAUGCCAGUUACCAUAGGCUGUUUGUUAGAAAUCUGAAUAGCAACACUGAAUACUGUAGAAAUGCACUUUGCUCAGUGUAAUACUUGAGUUGUUGCAAUAUUUGAUUAUCCAUUUGGUUGUUACAGAGAAUCCUUAACUGUAAUUGAUGGUGGUUGCCGUAAUAGUAUAUUGCCUGUAUUUCUACCUCUAGUAAUGGGCUUUAUGUGCUAGAUUUUAAUAUCUUUGAGCCUGGGCAAGUGCACAAGUCUUUUAAAAAGAAACAUGGUUUACUUGCACAAAAAUGAUCAGUUUGAAGAGGUGGAUAGAUGCCCUUGGAAGUGGUCUUUGUGGGUGUGAAACAAAAUGGUGAGAAACUGAAUUGGUCCCUAUUAUAGUAUUGGAAUUAAGUCUACUUAAUUUAUCAAGACAUGUUCAUGCCCUGAUUUUAUAUACUUGUAUCUAUCAAUAAACAUUGUGAUACUUGAAUGUUUGUUGAAAUGGCUGCUCUUUAUAUUUUCUUUGAAAAUAGAUUCUGAAGCAGUAAUUAUGUGACUUUCCCUCAACCCCAUUUAAUUAGGUGUUAUUUCCCAACUGUGAAUUAUGAAAUCACCUGUCAAAAUGUGAUUCAUAUGUCAGAGUUAUGAUUCUCUUUGAGAUCUAUGUAAAUCUGGAUAAUAGCUCUUGUGAAAGCGCUUGAUAUUUUUUGAAUUCUUUAUGAGGUCUUCUAAACCAGGGGAAGACAACUGAAAGAGCCAAGUGUCAAAAAGGUACAUUGAUAAGAUUAGUUGUUUGCUGUUGUCCUCAAAAUUUUUAAAUAUUCCCAGAAAUUCUGUGAGCUCAGGUUCAAGUUCAGUGCAUCUGGGGGGAAAAGGCUGCAUAAUGCUGUGUUAAGUUCUGCAGUCAUGAUUUUAUGAAUUGUAAGCCUUAGGGAGCAGUGUUAACAUAUUUUUUCCAAAAUUAUAAAAUAUGGCAUCUGAAGAACUAGAUUGAACUCUUAAGUAGCUUGCUAUUUUCAGAUACAAAUAGGCACAGUUAAGAAUCAAUGCCAGAUAUUUUGUUUGCAUUUAUACUACCUUGAAAGAAAAGUAUUACAUUCCCUUCAUCUAGGUUUUUUAGCAUUUGAAAUGUUAAUAUAAAGCCUUGAUUACUCUGCUGGGAAAAAUUACAAAAGAAAGGGAAGCUAAAAUGAUUUAGGUAUUGAAAGACCUUUCCUAUUGUAUUGGGGAGAGGGAGAAGGUAACGUUAUAUAAUCCUCCUAAAAUUUAAGAAUCUUGCCUCACAGCUCCAGAAAUUGGCAUCACUGGAAUCAACAGGUUAGUGUCAAGGGAGCAGGACUACAUAAAUUAUGUACUUAACAUUGUGUCAAGUGUUAGCCUUGAUUGAUGUAAAUGUGUUCUUAGCUAUUGUCUGCAUUCAAAUUUCUAUGGACAAAUAUUAUUUUCCAAGUAUUAUUGUCUGAAGAUAAUCAUUAUUUUUUUAUUCUGCCUGUCAUGAGCCACUUCAUCAAUUAUUGGUAGGAACUGAAUGCUAUAGCAUUUUCCAGAGUCCAAAACACCCACAAUAUUCCAAAUGUUGGCUUUAUUAUUAUUAAAGCAGUACCUUUCUAUCACCUGUUUAUGUCCAACAGAAACUCUUUGCACUUGUAGGUAAACUCCAGGCUCACAGGUAUGAAGGUGGAAGGAGGGCUUAUGGCAAUUUUAGCCUUUACUGCCCUUGGAUUCAGUGUUGCUAUCAUCAAAUACGCUGGAGAAAAUAUUAAAAAUACAUCUAUUACCUAAGGUUGGGGGACAGUUAAAAGUCAUCUUUAAAUUUUGUUACUGGUGAAGAGGAAUUGGUGUAGGGAUAUGCUGUUUUUUUUUUUUUUGUUUUUUUUUU